AUGACAAAAUUCAAUUCCAACAAUGAAAAAUUAACUCUUCCUAAUUUGGGAAAAUGGAUCAUAUAUUAUUAUGUUGUUUGGUUUGAUGAAAGACCCAAUAAUAUUCUUAAUGAAUUGGAAGAUUUUGCAAAAGGAAAAGAUCCCUAUGAUCCUGAUACAGCAGAACAAUUUAAUGAUGACCCACUAAAAUAUUGGAGUUAUAUGAGUGGUGGUGCUAAUAAAGAACUUCAUAAAGUUGCAACAAGAGUAUUUUCAAUAACAGUGACAACUGCUGCAGUUGAACGCUUGUUUUCUAAUAUGGGACAUCUACAUUCAGACAGAAGAAAUAGACUUGAUCAUAACAAGGUGUUAUCAAUGGGUCAAAUAAGGAAUGACAUGAAUUAUAGAAGAAAAAAGACAGAGAUUGAUGAAUCACGAAAAAAAUUCCAUUCUGAAAAUUAUGCUGCUCCAGUUGAAGAAUCAGAAAUACAAGAAAUAGGUCCAAUAGGGUCAAUUGAAAGAAUCAAAAGGACUAGACACCCAGCUAUUAAUAGACAGAAAGGAAAAUGGGAAAUAGAAGAAAUCUUUGAAUAUAAUUUAGAUGAUCCUUCUUUUUAUCAAGAAUUAUAA